CCAGACACCCCCCUCCAACAAUGAUGAAUAGGAGGGACUGUUCCCUCCCCCAUCCCCCGGGAGACUAGCCUUGCAGUGUUUUAGGCUGUUUUGAAAUUCUGUUCUUUAGACUUUUUUCUUCCUUAAUAUCAAAGCUGGAGUUGCCGCUGUUCCUUCGGGCUGGUGCAGCAGGGGCCGGUGAAAUGCGGCUGACGACGGCGCGCCGGCGGCUGCGCUCGCCCCGAUCGGCGGCGCGCACACACCUUGAGUGACAGCAAGCUCUUCUCUACAGGUUUUCCCCGGGGCAGCGUGGCCCUCGCAGGCGUUCGGUUUUCUCUGGAAAUCGCCGAGGGGGCUCGUCCUCAGGAGAGGGGCCCGGCGCAGCGAUCCCAACCCGGGGACUCAGCCCUGGGCGGUGCGCGCCGCCGCGGACGGGCUCUGCGGGCCGCGGGAAGGUGCGGGGAGGCGCCAGCAGGCUGAGCCUCGGGGCGCUCCCGCGAGCCCGCUCCUCCCCGCCGGGCGCAGGGCAGAGACGCGCGCAGCGCCUCCGCGGCCGCCCGAUGUGCGAGCCGCCCGCGACUAGGCAGGCCCCGCGCAGAGGCCCCGCUCCCCCCGCCAGCUCGCGGCCUCGCUCCUCCUAGAGGACUCUCAGCGUGAGCCCCGGGAGGAGGAGGCGGCGGCGGGACAAGCCGCAGCGCCGGGGCAGGAGGUUUGUCCCCGCCCGCGCGCCGUACCGCGGCGGAGAUGGGCGAAACCAUGUCAAAGAGGCUGAAGCUGCAUCUGGGAGGGGAGGCAGAGAUGGAGGAACGGGCGUUCGCCAACCCUUUCCCGGACUACGAGGCCGCCGCCGGGGCGCUGCUCGCCUCCGGAGCGGCCGAAGAGACAGGAUAUGUUCGUCCCCCGGCCUCUACGGACGAGCCCGGCCUCCCUUUUCAUCAGGACGGGAAGAUCAUUCAUAAUUUCAUAAGACGGAUCCAGACCAAAAUUAAAGAUCUUCUACAGCAAAUGGAAGAAGGGCUGAAGACAGCUGAUCCCCAUGACUGCUCUGCUUAUACUGGCUGGACAGGCAUAGCCCUUUUAUACCUGCAGUUGUACCGGGUCACAUGUGACCAGACCUACCUGCUCCGAUCCCUGGAUUAUGUAAAAAGAACACUUCGGAAUCUGAAUGGCCGCAGGGUCACCUUCCUCUGUGGCGAUGCCGGGCCCCUGGCUGUUGGAGCCGUGAUUUAUCACAAACUCAGAAGUGACUGUGAGUCCCAGGAAUGCGUCACAAAACUUUUACAGCUCCAGAAAACGGUUGUCUGCCAAGAAUCAGACCUUCCUGAUGAGCUGCUUUAUGGACGGGCAGGUUAUCUGUAUGCCUUACUGUACCUGAACACGGAGAUAGGUCCAGGCACUGUGUGUGAGUCAGCUAUUAAAGAGGUAGUCAAUGCUAUUAUUGAAUCGGGUAAGACUCUGUCAAAGGAAGAAAGAAAAACGGAGCGCUGCCCACUGCUGUACCAGUGGCACCGGAAGCAGUAUGUUGGAGCAGCCCAUGGCAUGGCUGGAAUCUACUAUAUGUUAAUGCAGCCAGCAGCGAAAGUGGACCAAGAAACCUUGACAGAGAUGGUGAAACCCAGUAUUGAUUACGUGCGCCACAAAAAAUUUCGAUCUGGGAAUUACCCGUCGUCGUUAAGCAAUGAAACAGACCGGCUGGUGCACUGGUGCCACGGCGCCCCGGGGGUCAUCCACAUGCUCAUGCAGGCGUACAAGGUCUUUAAGGAGGAGAAGUACUUGAAAGAGGCCAUGGAGUGCAGCGAUGUGAUUUGGCAGCGGGGUCUGCUGCGGAAGGGCUACGGGAUCUGCCACGGGACUGCUGGCAAUGGCUACUCCUUCCUGUCCCUUUACCGUCUCACGCAGGAUAAGAAGUACCUCUACCGAGCUUGCAAGUUUGCAGAGUGGUGUCUAGAUUAUGGAGCACACGGGUGCCGCAUUCCUGACAGACCCUAUUCGCUCUUUGAAGGUAUGGCUGGCGCUAUUCACUUUCUCUCCGAUGUCCUGGGACCAGAGGCAUCACGAUUUCCAGCAUUUGAACUUGACUCUUCGAAGAGGGAUUAAAAGGUGCAAAAAGACAACUAAAAUACCCAUUUGGACCAAAAGCCACCAGAUUGCUUAGUGCCUGACACAGAAACAACUGGGAGUCCUGAAAGAAAAAAGCAGACACCGUCACAGGCCCCUCUGUUAGAGCAUGAGUGACCGAAGCCAUCCAUCAGCAUUGUAACGGCGCCCUCACCAGUAUAAAAUAUGACCUCUUCACACCCGGAUUCUCUGUAGUGUUUGCAUGUUUCUUGGUGUUUGUUGUGUCCAGGUGUAAGCUGUUUUAAGUGGAAGGCCCUUCUCUUCAUGGGACUCGGAGCUGACCACACAUGAGUGUAUGGCAGUGUCCACUUUUCCGUAUAAAAUGUAUAAAGCGGGAUUUCUUCCAUAUUGUCAAAUGAGAGAACAGGUGAUGUCUAUCUUGUAUAUCAGAAAGAUGAUCUAGGGUCUAUCCUAGUGAUAAUACAUUGUCAGCCUUUUCCGUGGCACCUUCCGGAUAAGCAUGAGGGAAUGACCACUCCAGGAUGGACAGGAGCAGCUGGUCCGCAGGGGCUUGCUGGGGUGAUUUGGGGUGCACAGUGGAACGCUUCCUGUUUGGGCUCUGCACGCACCUUAGUGUUCUACAGAAGCCUCGGUGCACUGCAGCUCUGCCACGGCCCAGUUCCCAGCAGGGGCUUCAGUGCUUUGUGUAGAGUCCAGGGCAGCCAGAGCCCUGGGGAGGAGGCUUCUGGACCCAAAGGGAGCUUUCCCAAGAUGCCUUUGGUGGCUACACUGCAGGCAGCAGCGGCUGAAUGCUGGCAGGUACAAAACACUUACCCAGGUAUCUGUCACUAAGACAGGCUCCACCCCAGUUAAUCAGUAUGAUAAGUUACUGUUGGAGGAAGAGUAAGUACAUUCCAGAUGGGUUAUUAUAGGUGAACAGACACUCGACUGAUGUCCCUGCAAUUAAACUUAUUUCAACCUUUUGGAAAGUUAUCAAAUUCUAAAUUUGAAUGAAUGCAUUUCAUAUUUUUUGUCUACUUUUGGGUGAUAAAAAGUAUUAGCCCUCAUUUAUAGAUGAGAGAGACAUAAUGUUCCAACAACAUUGUGGUGUUUGUGUGACAUUUUUUAAUUUAAAAAAAUGUGGGCAGUAAGCUGGGUUAGCCUAAACUCAUAAAUUCUAUCUUGUAGAUUUCAGGUUUUGGAAGGGUUUCUGUCAUCCUGGAACAAGUGGCCUGGGACUAAGUACUUCUCAAGUUGUGAGCUAAGGCCUGUGUCAUGAGACAGGGGGACUCUCUCGACAGCCCAGUCCUUGUCUGCAGGGGGCGCUCUGAGCACUUCCCAGCCCGUGUCCACUCCUCUCAGAAAGGAGAAAGAAAAACUGCAGUUUAGGAGAAAAGUCUCCUUUUUACGCGUGUGGUUAUGUGUGGGGCUGGCAUCCUAAAUCUGUGACAUUCAGCUUCCAAACAAUGCUGGAGAGUCUCUGCUGCAGACACCCUUGCCCCUGAGUCAUAAUGAUUUUCUUUCAUGUUAGAUUGAUGACUUAUGUGAAUAUAAAUCAUCCUGGUCCGCUUUACCUGACCUCCUGGGCCUGCCGAUGGGCUUCACAGGCAGUCCAGCAGCCCACACCUGCAGGCAGGAUGCUGUCGUCAACAAGCUAAGGGCAGCUGCUUUGCAGAAGACCUCACACGGUGUCCAACCUCAUCCAGAUAACAUUGUUCCCAUCCUCCCUGCCCACCUCAUCAAAACAUAACGCAUCACAGAGCUCAGUAGUGAGGUCCUGCCUGCCCGUUUCUCAAGGGAAGCCAGUAGGCAGCACAGGCAGCACGAGGCUUCCAGGGCGGCCCUGCUCAGAGGAGGCGGUGGCCCAUGGUGCAGCCAGCUGUCUGCAGAGCAGCCGCAAGGGUGACCAAGGUGUCCAGGUGUCUCCCCAGGUGAGUCCAUCCGCUCACGUGUUUGAAAAACACUAGUCUUUCUAACACACUGAGGGAAAGAUUUAAAAAAUCUGUGGAAUAAAUGGAGGAGAUUUUGUUUACAGAUUUUUUUUUUAAAGCCACUAGGGUUGACAGCAGAGGUGCUGUUCUGUGGCUCUGCAUUAAUCCCUGCCUCAUGUCUGUUACAUGUGCUGCUGGGUGACAGUAAUUCCAGCUCCGUCCCUGCAGGCAAAGGAGAAACGGGACAUACUUCACAGGACAGAGGAUUGACAGAAGUCAGUUUAACAGAGCGUUUGAGUCAGACUUCAGAUAUCUCAUUCAUUUCUUGGGUUUCCGUUCACAACUGUGUUCUCUAAAAUGUGUCUAAAUUUUAAAAAUACGUACAUGCACCGUAUCAUUUUAAAAUAUGAAGGAAAGAAUUUGAUGUCCACAAAAAGUAUUUGAGGUUCUUUGAUUUUGUUAGUAAAAGCCAGUUCUGUGUUGACCUA